CUUACUUGACCCAAGGCCUCUCUCAAGAAAUUAAAAGCCCAAUAAUAGUUUUUCUUUUCAAAGCCCAAUAAGUCAAGAGGAGAAAGAGACCGUGGUUGCGUUUGCGUUUGAUUGAAAACGUGGCGGGCGGUUGGAAACUGAAUCUUAAACCCUUCACCAUCAUCUUCACCGUCAAAUCUCUAAAACUGAGCUUCGACGAUGUUGGGUUUACGAAGAUCUGCGACGACCUUGUUCGACAUCAGCCAAUCUCUGCUUCGUAAUGUUACGUUUCAUGGCUUACGAGUCCAAGGAAUUCGUGUGGGGAACGCAGAGGUUCCAAACAAUAUGCCACUCAAAACCGGUCUUCAAGCAGUUUAUGGAAUUGGCCGCCGUAAGUCUCACCAGGUUCUCUGUCAUCUUGGAAUCACUAACAAACUUGCCAGAGACUUAACUGGAAAAGAACUCAUUGACCUCCGUGAAGAAGUUGGCCAGCACCAGCAUGGUGAUGAAUUGAGGAGGCGUGUUGGAUCGGAAAUACAGAGACUGGUCGAAGUAGACUGCUACAGAGGUAGUAGACAUAGACAUGGAAUGCCUUGCAGAGGACAAAGAACCAAAACUAACGCUCGCACCAAAAAGGGCAAAGCCGUUGCGAUUGCAGGAAAGAAGAAAGCUCCUCGCAAGUAAACCUGUCUUUCAAUCCAUUCUCUGGGAUUCAUAAGUUGUAAUCCAUGUCACAUUGUUUACAGACAUGGCUUUGUGUUACUUUUGGGAUGAAACUGAUCAAAUAAGUAAACUUGGUUUUUUUUGUAGUCUUUUUUUGUCAUUGUCAUUGCCAUUGCAGGGGAAGAAGAAUGCUUCAAAACUGUUCUGCAAUAGCAAUACUCUAUAUAGCUUCUAUAGUCUGUCUCUUUGUGUGAUUUGUUAUCCUAAAAAAUUGGAUUGAAAUUGAGCCCAUCAACUUUUUGUU